AAGAAGAAGAAGAAGAAGAAGAAGAAGAAGAAGAAGAGAUGAAAAGGACGGACAGACGAGUUUUACGUCGUUGUCGCCUCAAAACGGUUGAUGUAGACACAGUAAAAAACACGCCAACAUGGCGACGAUAAAACUGAAGCGAGCCGGCGUCUCCGACGAGAUGUGCGAGCAGCUGAAGCGACAUCACAUAGAGACUUGUAAGGACCUGCUGUCUCUGACCGCCGUCGAGGUGAUGACCGCCGCCGGCCUGAGCUUCCGCAGGGCGUCGGAGCUGCUGCGGUCGGUGAGCGGAGCCGUCGCACCGCCCGUCACCGCGGCUCUGGAGCUGUGGAGGCGGCACUCCUGCUUCCCCACGUCGCUGCCCGCCCUGGACAGACUGCUGAGGGGCGGCCUGCCCCGGGGGAGCCUCACGGAGGUGACGGGCCCCUCCGGCUGCGGGAAGACGCAGAUGUGCCUGAUGCUGAGCGUCUUGGCCACGCUGCCGGAGAGCGAGGGCGGCCUGGGCGGCGGCGUGAUCUACAUAGACACCGAGGCCGCGUUCUCCGCCGAGAGGCUGGUGGAGAUCGCGCGCAGCCGCUUCCCAGACCGCUUCAGCUGCAAGGAGAGAGUCCUGCAGAUGGCCGGGCGGGUGCACCUCUUCAGGGAGCUCACCUGUCGAAACGUCCUGAACAGGCUGGACAGACUGGAGGAGGACAUCAUCUCAACGGGAGCGGGUCUCCUCAUCCUGGACUCCGUGGCCUCUGUGGUGAGGAAGGAGUUUGACACGACGUUGCCGGGCAACCUGAUGCGCCGCAGCGACAUGCUGAGCCACGAGGCCUCCACCCUCAAGUACCUGGCCCACCAGUUCAACAUACCCGUGGUUCUCACCAACCAGGUCACGACUCACGUGGGGGGUCAAGGGCCGGAGGGGAACACCGGGUACGUCACCGCCGCCCUGGGGAACACGUGGAGUCACAGCGUCAACACGCGCCUCAUUGUCCAGUACGCGGACUCGCGCCGGAGACAGAUACUGAUAGCCAAGUCCCCCGUGGCUCCGUUCGCCGUGCUCAACUACACCAUCGAGAAGCAGGGGAUCUGCAUCGACGGGGAGGACGCUCAGGAGGCCUCGUACGAGGGCACGGACCCAGGCCUCCAACCUAUCAGGGUGCAGACGGAAUUCAACUGCAACCUGACCAAUAUGGAGUUAACUGGACAAACGCAGCAAUGACACACGUGUGUGUGUGUGUGUGUGUGUGAGGCCAGAAUAUGAGACGGUUACAUGAUUAAAGCCAAUGCAUAAUCCCA